AUGAAAGCAGAACCGGUGAGCACCUUAAGCCAUUUCCUGUUUGGGAACAAGGGGGUCAUCAGGAACAGCCUUCGGGUUUUACGGACCAGGGCUGGGAAUGAUGAUCACCUCUUAGGACCUGGCUUUUCCAGUCGCCCCGCACCUGAGACCGGGCACACCCCCUCCCCGUCGGCGGCCAAGGAAGCGAAUCUACUGAGCCAGGUGCCCAAAAACUACCAGCACAUCCUGGCCCUCGUGUUCGCCAUCAAUGGGAUCAACAAGGAUCCGGCACUCCUCCCCAACGUCACACUGGGCUUCCGCAUCUUUGAGGACACUUACUUUGCAAGAAUGACCUACCAGGCAGGCCUGUCCUUUCUGUCCACGGGGGAUCAAGUGGUCCCCAACUACAGAUGCAGCAGACAGGAGAAGGUGCUCUCUGUCAUUGGAAGUCUCUACUCCAGAAUCUCAAUGCAGAUGGCCUCCCUCCUGGGCCUCUUCAAGAUCCCGCAGCUCGGUUAUGGCUCCUUCAGUCCUGUUCUGAAAGAGAGGAGCAUAUUUCCUUCCUUCUCCCAGAUUGAGCCCAGUGAAGUCCCACAGUAUUUGGGGAUAAUCCACUUACUUCUUCAUUUCCACUGGAACUGGAUUGGGAUUGUUGCUCCAGAUGAUGACGGCGGAGAAAACUUCAUCCAAGCCCUAACACCGAUGCUUGACCAGAACAACAUCUGUGUCGAGUUCACUAAACGGACAUUGUCUGAAAUCUCAGUGUACUAUACAAGUGCAUAUAAAGAUAUGAAUCUAGCUAUAGCUGUCUCAGACACUAAGGCCAAAGUUGUUGUUGUCUCCGGCGACUCCAAUGCCAUACGGAAUUUAAUCCGACCCCUUAUGAUAUACAAAGCUAAGACUAAGACGUCUAUAGAAAAGGUGUGGAUUGUGACAAGUCAGUGGGAAUUUGCUGCAGUGGGCUCCUUCUUUAGCUGGAAGGCUGUGGAGGCCUUCCAUGGUGCCCUGUCCUUCAGAGGCCAUAAGAUGCCCUCCUCCAGGUGUGUGGAGAGCUGCUCGCCAGGAUACAGCAGAAAAGUUAUACAACAAAGGCCACCUUGUUGUUAUGAAUGUGAACUUUGUCCAGAAGGGAUGAUUUCCAACCAUUCAGAUGCUGAUCAUUGUGUCCCAUGUUCAGAAGAUCAAUAUCCAAACAAGAACAAAGACCAAUGUAUCUCCAAGAACAUAAGCUUCCUUUCCUAUCAGGAGAUUUUGGGGAUUGUUUUGGCUUCUCUUGCUCUUUUGCUGUCUCUGAUCACAGCCCUAGUCCUGGCAACUGUCAUUAAAUAUCGAGACACACCCAUUGUCAAAGCCAACAACAGAGAACUCACCUAUGUCCUCCUCAUCUCCCUCCUGCUCUGCUUCCUCUCCUCCUUCCUAUUCAUUGGUCGACCUACAAACUUCACCUGCCUUCUGAGACAAAUUGCUUUUUCUGUGAUCUUCUCUGUUGCCAUUUCGUCUAUCUUGGCAAAAACUACCAUGGUGGUUGUGGCCUUCAUGGCCACUAAGCCAGGAAACAUGGCAAGGGAGCUGUUGGGGAGACAAGGGGUAAAUGUCAUUGUCCUGGCCUGUCCUCUCCUGCAAGUUAUUGCCUCUGCACUUUGGCUAGGAACCUCUCCCCCUUUCCCCAACUUGGACUUCCACUCCUUGGGCAAAGAGAUCAUAGUGGAAUGUAAUGAGGGGUCAGUCGUCAUGUUUUACACAGUAUUGGGAUACAUGGGAUUUCUGGCCCUGGUCAGCUUCAUGGUGGCUUUCCUUGCCAGGAAACUACCCGACAGCUUUAAUGAAGCCAAGUUUAUCACCUUCAGCAUGCUGGUCUUCUGCAGCGUGUGGGUCUCCUUUGUGCCCACCUACCUGAGUACUAAAGGGAAGUCUAUGGUGGCUGUGGAGGUCUUCUCCAUCUUGGCCUCUGGUGCUGGUCUCCUGGGCUGCAUCUUUCUUCCCAAAUGCUACAUUAUUUUUCUGAGGCCUGAUCUCAAUAGCAGAGAUCACCUCCUAAGGAACAAGUAA